GAGAGGUUGGAGGGAAAGAGAGGAAGAAGAAGAUGGAAGGGGAGACGGUGAGGAACAACGUACGGGCGCUACUGGAGGAGAUUAGGGCGACGGAGGCAAUUGACGCUCGACUUCCACUUGUUGAUCAACUCGAACAAGCCCACAUAUCCAAUGAGUUCGAUCUGGCUUGCGUUGCAGAAUGCCUUAUAGCAAUUUGGGAGGAGCCUACAUGCUUAGAAGUUCCCUCGUGCAAGUUAAACAAGGCUGUUAUGCAUGUAGCUUGGAAACAUUUACAGCUUGGGAACUCACUGGACAAUCUUUCCCAAUUUCUCAUUCUUGCAACCAAGGCUUGCAUGUGGGGUAGAAAGCAUGUCCUUAUGGAGGUUUCAUCAUUUAAUGAGUAUCAGGAAGAGCGACAUUUAAGCCUCUUUCUUCAGUUGAUUGUGGACUCACUGAGCUUCUCAACUGCCACAUUUUGGGCCUUGGCAAAAUCUCCUAUUUUUGUUGGAAAAGUUUUAAUGCUUAUAGUUGAAAAUUUUGUUUCCGAGCAGCUAAAGCUGUUAAAGGCUUCUAUUUGUGAAAUCAAGCGUUUACAUUCAGUUGCAUCAGAAGUUCUGAAGUGUGUUCAAGAGGGCCUAGAUGCUGCUGUAAGGCUGUGUAAGAAUUACUCUCAGGACAUCGAUUGGGAUUCCUUGGAGACUAUAAAUGAAGACCAUGAGAGCUCUAUAGGUUGUGAAAGAGAAGAAAAAAUUAUUCAUGUUGUCAAAAUACUGUCAUGUACAAUUGAAGAUCUGUAUGAGCUUGGGAUUAUUGCCGCUACUGGUGGAGGAAGCCUGGUUACAAUUCUUAAUCUUUCAUGGAAAGGUGUUGUUAUGUUGCUGCAACCUCCAAAGCAAAUUUUGACAAAUAAGAUAAGUGUAAAUGGCAUUAUAAUAAGUCUAAUAUCUCUUGCCACUGAAUCCCUCAGAUGUGCUGCUGAAGCAUGGGUUUCGAUAACAAACGUUAGUCCAGUUGUAGGUGAAGUCAAAAGGGCUUUCCUUCCUAUAAAAUUUUACCUGAUAAAUGCAGUUCGCAUAUCCUCUACAUAUCCAUGUCAAGCCUUUGGAAUACACAAGGAGAUCUCACUAUGUGUCUUGAAGUUUUCAACUCUUGGCUUCAAUUUUUGCAAGGAAAAACAUCUCAAAACUGCAAAUGAAGCCAUGACAGAGUUUUUAGAACCUACAUAUUUUCUUCUGCUGCAUACACUCCUUAAUUCAUCAGAAAUAGAGUGUAAUUGCAAGUUCCAGCUCUUGGAUUGGCUGUUUCCAGAGGAGAGAUAUUCCUGUUCUUUUAAUUCAGAUGAAAGUCAUGAUGUCGCCACUGAGGGAAAGAACGCUAUAGAUGCAAUAUUUUCUCUAACGUGUGAAGAUAAACCCAGAGCAACAACAUUAUUACUAGGUCGCAUUGCCAUCUUAUUGAAUCUUCUGAAGAGCUCUUCUGAUCUCAAAGAAGAGAUGGUUCUUGGGGUUUCUAGAAAGUUAAAUUUUGUUCUGGAUGCAAUUGUCAGUGCAGAUGUCUACUCCUCAAUAGUAGGUUUGCACAUUCCUGUGCUGUCUAGUGCAGGAAGCAUGUCAGAAGUUGUUUGGCAACCCAUGCUUAUUUUUGUUUUCCAUACAUUGAAGACAUUUAUGGUUGUGGCUGCUUCAAGUUCUGCCUGGCUUGAGAUACAGCACUUUUUAUUCUGCAACAUCAUUCAUCCUCACCACCUUUGCUGGGAAAUCAUAAUGGAACUCUGGUGUUUUUUGAUUCGUCAUGCCGAGGCUGAUGUGAUAAACGACUUGAUUGAUAAGCUCUGCUCACUUUACAGUAUUACUGCUUCUUCUGAGACAAUUUUAUCACCUUCUUCUGCUGUCAGGAAGAUGGCUCGAGCAUUGAAUAUUCUUUGUAUUGAUGCCCCACAAUCUACUGCUAACCAAAUAUAUGAAGCCAUUUUCAGGUUGGAUGGAAAGGGAUGUGCUGUGUCUCAGGUAGCAUACUUGCCUUUGCUAUUGGAAGGUUAUCCAUUGGAUUCACUGUCAGAUGCACUUCAGAAGCAUUUUGUGCAGCGGGCAAUAACUGCACUUUGCGGACUGAUGGAAAAUAGUUCCAGACUACAAGGAAAACUAAAUUUAUCAAGAGUUUCAGGUUCUGGAUUGUUUGGAGAGCCACUGUACACUUUAUCUGCAGCACUUUGUCAUCACCAUGUCAAAGAUUCUGAACUCACCAAGUUUAUACCACAGAUUUUGAAAUUCACAAUAACUGUUAUUAAUGCCUUUAAAGAUUGUAAUGAGAGUUCACAAAAAGAUAGUUAUGGUCAGCUUCUUCACCAGGCAUUGAUGAUGAUUUCAAGCAUGAAGCGUGCAUACUCUUCUCAUGACAUGGAGGGGGUCAUAUUGGGUUUGCAGAAUUUGUUCUCAAUGGAUUCCACAGAUUCAGGCAAGUUCUUGGUUUUUAUUAAACCAGCUUUGUCUUCUUUUCUAGCUGGCCUUGGUCAUAUGGAAAUAGCGGAAGUUGAAGAGAAUGCAGUUAGCUCCGCAAUCUGGGAGCUAUAUCAUGGCUUAUUGAGAGAGCGCCACUGGGCAUUAGCUCAUUUGGCACUUUCAGCAUUUGGAUAUUUUGCUGCCCGAACUUCUUGCAAUCAGCUAUGGAGAUUUGUACCACAAGAUGCAGCGCUUUCAUUUGACAAAGACACAGGGUUGGAGGCAACUGAAGAGAGGUUUAUGUCUGAGUUGAAGGGGUAUCUUGAGAAAGGAGUUGCACUCAUUGCAGAUUCUCCAAGCAAGCAACAACUUGGUUUACUAGAAAAAGAGGCAAUGUCAAUUCAGGGAAGGCUCAAGCAGGAACCAGAGCAUCUGGCUUUGAAGUCGACAGCUAUGGAGGUUGAUGAUGAAAACCAUGUAGCGAAAAAAAAGAGAAAGUUUCCUGAGGUGAUUGGUGAAGGCAUGAUGCUUCUCCAGAGGGGUCUUGAGAUAGUGAGGAAUGGUCUUGAAGAAUGGCGUGGACAGAAAGAUGGCUGUCCAGAGUUGCAGGAUGAUUUAUCCACACACCUCUCCUGUCUUGAGGAUGUGAUUGCUCAUUUGGUGGCUUUGGAGGACAAAGGCUGAUUGGAUUCUUGUAUUCUAUAGUUAAAAUAUCUAAUCUAAAGCAGCAUAUGAUCACACCUAUUUUGGUGUUGUCUCACGAGAAGCACAUUACCUUGGCACAUCUUUGCCUGUUCUGAGUAAAUAGACCUGAUGGGCUAGAUCACGUUUGGGACGCUCCAUCUCAAAAUUGACACCUUGUUUGGAUGAUGAUGCUACCUAGGAAUAUACAAGAUGGCUUUAGUCGAAACCUUGUAGCAGUAACAGCACGAGGCACUGAGGGCUCAUAUACAGCCACAGGUGGAAACCGGUCGAAAGCAUAAGCGUUAACCCUACAAUGCAGUUUUCCACACGACCAAGGAGAAGAGAAAAUUUUGGUUACGUCUGAGUCUGGUGCUAUGUUGUCACAAGGAAAACCAAUAAUCAACUAUUCGUUUGUUGCUUUCUUGUUAGUUUUUUGCUGAGUUUGAAAAGAGAAAUUUGUGAUCUUCA